AUGGGGGAGAGGUUUGUGGUGGUCCCGGUGGACGGAGGUGCUGGGGUCGUCGGGGACAGGGAGCCCUCGGACGCGGUUGUCUCUGACCCGGCACCGGACACCGGUGGCAGCGCCGGUGGUGGGCGUGCGGCUGCGGAGGAGAUAGAGGAGGGGGAGGACUCCGUGUUCGAGCCCCAGGACCCCAACACUGUGGUGCCUAUCCUGGAGUACAACCGGGAGCCCAACAAGUACGGUGAUGGCGUUCCAAAGGAAAACAGCCCCUUUAUUAACAACACAGAGAACGACAAAGGCAACAGCUAUGAUGGCACCAACAUGGCUCUCUUUGAGGAGGAAAUGGAGAGCAACCCCAUGGUGUCAUCUCUCCUCAACAAACUGGCAAACUACACCAAUCUCACCCAGGGGGCCCAGGAGCACGAGGAAGCUGAUGAAGAUGAGGGGUCCAAGAAGAAAGCUGUUAAGAGCCCACAGAUGGGGACAUUCAUGGGUGUCUACCUCCCCUGCCUCCAGAACAUUCUGGGGGUCAUCCUGUUUCUGCGCCUUACCUGGAUUGUCGGCACCGCCGGCAUCUUGGAGUCCCUGGCUAUCGUCUGCUUGUGCUGCUCUUGCACCAUGCUGACGGCCAUAUCCAUGAGUGCAAUCGCUACUAAUGGCGUUGUGCCAGCGGGAGGUUCCUAUUAUAUGAUCUCCAGAUCUCUUGGUCCAGAGUUUGGAGGAGCUGUAGGUCUCUGUUUCUACCUUGGGACAACUUUUGCUGGCUCCAUGUACAUUCUGGGUACCAUAGAGAUUCUUCUGACCUACAUCGUGCCUAAAGCAGCCAUCUUUGUGGCAGAGAAAAAGGAGGACGAGCUGAAUGCCCUGCUGAAUAACAUGCGGGUGUAUGGCACAUGCUGCCUCGCACUGAUGUCUGUGGUCGUCUUUGUUGGAGUGAAAUAUGUGAACAAACUGGCCUUGGUUUUCCUGGCUUGUGUCAUUCUUUCGAUCUUUUCCAUCUACGCCGGAGUCAUCAAGACCAUCUUUGAGCCGCCCGACUUUCCUGUUUGCAUGUUGGGAAAUCGCACUCUGCAGAACCUCAACUUUGACAAGUGUCUUAAGACAGAUUUUCUAGACAACAUGACGGUCACCACCAAACUGUGGAGUCUAUUCUGUGACGGACCUGAGCUCAAUGCCACCUGUAAUGAAUACUUCGACAACAACAAUGUGACCAUGGUGCAGGGCAUCCCUGGGCUGACCAGCGGAGUCAUUUCAGCAAACAUGUGGUCAGUGUACGGUCCUCUGGGCAUGAUGGUAGAAAACAAUGAGUUGUCGUCUCUUGGGGGAAGUGACUCUGCCCAAGACAUCUACAUGCCAUAUGUAAUCAAUGAUAUUACCACCUUCUUCACACUGUUGGUUGGCAUCUACUUCCCCUCUGUCACUGGUAUCAUGGCCGGUUCAAACCGCUCAGGGGACUUGAGGGAUGCCCAGAAGUCCAUACCCAUCGGCACCAUCCUGGCUAUUGCUACAACCUCCUUCAUCUACGUCACCUGUGUGGUUCUAUUUGGUGCCAGUAUUGAAGGCGUUCUGCUUCGAGACAAAUUUGGUGACUCUGUGAAAGGAAACCUUGUGAUAGGCACGUUAUCAUGGCCCUCACCUUGGGUUAUUGUGAUUGGCUCGUUCUUCUCCUGCUGUGGAGCAGGUUUACAGAGUUUGACUGGUGCCCCACGAUUACUGCAGGCCAUCGCACGGGAUGGCAUCGUACCUUUCCUACAGGUGUUUGGUCACGGCAAAGCUAACGGAGAACCUACCUGGGCUCUGCUCCUGACUGGUGGGAUCUGUGAGAUCGGCAUCCUCAUCGCCUCACUGGACGCUGUGGCUCCUAUCCUCUCCAUGUUUUUCCUCAUGUGCUACCUGUUUGUCAACCUGGCCUGUGCCGUUCAGACUCUACUGCGAACGCCCAACUGGAGACCACGCUUCAAAUACUACCACUGGGCUUUGUCUUUCCUGGGAAUGAGCUUGUGCCUUGCUCUCAUGUUCAUCUGCUCCUGGUAUUAUGCCAUUGUUGCCAUGGCCAUCGCUGGGUGCAUCUACAAAUACAUCGAAUACAGAGGGGCAGAGAAAGAAUGGGGUGACGGCAUCCGCGGUCUGUCUCUUAACGCAGCGCGCUACGCCCUCAUCCGACUUGAGGAGGCUCCACCACACACAAAGAACUGGAGGCCUCAGGUGCUAGUGCUGCUGAACGUGGACUCCGAUCAAGCAGUCAAACACCCUCGCCUGCUCUCCCUCACCACACAGCUGAAGGCAGGAAAAGGCCUGACUAUUGUGGGAAAUGUGUUAGAGGGAACAUAUCUCACUAAAGACGCAGAGGCCAAGAGGGCUGAGCAGAACAUCAAGUCCUCGAUGUCAGCAGAGCGGACCAAGGGUUUCUGUCAUGUCGUGGUGUCUUCAAACCUCAGAGAUGGCAUGUCCCACCUCAUCCAGUCAGCAGGGCUGGGAGGCAUGAAGCACAACACAGUCCUGAUGGCCUGGCCUGGGGCCUGGAGGCAGUCCAAUGACCCACAGUCAUGGAAGAACUUCAUAGAGACAGUGCGGGAGUCUACAGCCGCCCAUCAUGCCUUACUUGUGGCUAAGAAUGUGGACAGUUUCCCUACCAACCAGGACCGCCUGGGGGAGGGCACCAUUGAUGUGUGGUGGGUGGUCCAUGACGGAGGCAUGCUGAUGCUGCUGCCCUUCCUGCUGCGACAGCACAAGGUGUGGAGGAAAUGUAAGAUGCGCAUCUUCACUGUGGCCCAGAUGGAUGACAACAGCAUCCAGAUGAAGAAAGAUCUCCAGAUGUUCCUUUACCACCUGCGAUUGGAUGCAGAGGUGGAAGUGGUGGAGAUGCAUGAUAAUGACAUCUCAGCUUUUACGUAUGAGAAGACGCUGAUGAUGGAGCAGAGGUCUCAGAUGCUGAAGCAGAUGCAGCUGUCCAGGACUGAAAGGGAGAGAGAGGCCCAGCUCAUCCAUGACAGAAACACGGCAUCUCACGCCACAAUAAACGACAAGGCUGAAACAGGGCCCGAUCGGGUUCACAUGACCUGGACCAAGGACAAGCUGUUCGCAGAGCGCAAUCGCAACCGCGAGUGCAACGCCAAUGUGGCAGUGCGUGACCUGUUCAACAUGAAACCCCAUUUCAGUCUUUGUGCAUGGCCUCACCGCACAGACGCACACAUGAACACCAACACGUGUCCAUCCAAGACCGACCUUACUAUCAAGUGUGUGGACUUCAUCACGUGUGUCCCAGUCCAUUUACAGGUGCAUCUCAAAGAAUGAUGGUGUCGACAAAAGGUUUGUCAGUAAAGAAAGUGAAAAUGUAAUAUAUCUUAGAUGCGUCAUAGAUAAACAAAAAUGUUUCGUUUUUUUAUUUUAAUUUAAAUAAUGACAGCUUACAGCUAAAAUAAAUGUUAUAAGAAAAUCCCUCAAUAUUAUAUUGAUAUUUAUUUAAUUAUUUUAUUUAGAGUUUGAUUAAAUUACUUUUCCUACAUUACAUAUACAGUGUUUCUCGGCCUUGUUCAGUACACAACAACAAUCAUGGGGAAGACUGCUGACUUGACACUUGUCCAGAAGACGCUUAUUGCCACAGAGGGUCACUGCAUUGAAGCACAUUCAUGGAAGAUGACAUGAAGAGGUGCGCAAGCAACCGGGAUGACGGAAGCUUUGAAAUAAUUGGUAGCAAACCCGAUUCAAGAAGUUGGGAGAGCUUCAAAGAGUCUGGAUGAAAAGUGGAGGCACAGAAUUGAAGUCCAAUGUGAAGUUUCCGCAGUCAGAGAUGAUUUGGGGCGCCAUGUCAUCUGGUGGGGCCGGUCCACUGUGUUUUACCAAGUCCAGAGUCAAAGCAGUCUGCUGACAACCUUUAUGGAAAUGCCAUUUCCUUUUCCAGCAGGACUUGCCACCUGUCCACAGUGACAGAACUACUAACUGGUUUGCUGACCAUGAUAUUAUGGGCUGUUGUCAAGAGGAAGAUGAGAAACACCCCACCCAACCAUUCAGACAAGCUGAAGGUCGCUAUCAAGCGACCUGGGCUUAGAUAAUACUUUCUUGAUUCUUGUCGUCCUGGGUCUGUACCCUCGGGUUUGAAUGCACUUAUUGUAAGUCGCUUUGGAUAAAAGCGUCAGCUAAAUGAAAUGUAAUGGAAUGUAAAAGAUAAUGUCUCAGCAGUUCCACAGGCUGAUGCACCGCAUUAAUGCAGAAACCUGUGUAAAAGCAGUCCCUAUUGAGUGCAUAAAUUAACAUACUUUUCAGAAGUUGCACAUUUCUAUUGUGUAAAUCCUUUUUUUUUAUGGAUCUUAGCAAAUAUUUGAAUAUUUUAAUUACCUAAGCUGUAAUCAUCAGAACUAAAUAAAAAAGGCUUCACUUUACGUGCAAUGAAUUUACAAUAUAUGUGAAGGUUUCCCUUUUUGAAUUAAAUAGUAAAAAAAGAUAAAAUAUUCUCUUGUUUUGAGAUGCACCUGGCUGAUAAAGUUUAUAAUUCUAAUCAGUAUUGUAAGGCAGGACAGGAAGAAUGUCAAACAGCUACAUGUUACUUCAUCGUGUGUACUUGUGUCACCUGCGGGUGGCGCUAUGAUCACUUUGGGACAGGUGCAUGCAGUGUGGUGCACAGAGCUGACGUAGACGCAUCUAAGCCUGUUUCUGUUGUUCUGUCCCAUUUUUUUCCUUCUAGAGAGUGGGAGAGUCUGUAAGUCGCAUUCUCUUUGCCCUAGGCGCUUUGUAUAUGUGUGUGUGUGUGUGGGUGUGUGUGUGUGUGCGUUCUGCUGCUGCAGCGACCAUAGCUUCAUUCAGUGUCCUCCAGCUCAUGUGCUCGUUCCUCUUGUGUGUUUGUGUCCUUGUUUGUGUGUCCUAAUGUGCAUGAACUUACCGAUGCAACAUCACACUCUGCGUUGGUGGACAAGCUUCCAUUUAGUUUGCAUGAAAUUCUGUUUACAAGCAAAUCUGUGGUUCCCCUCCACCGUUAAAAUGUUAUUUUGGCCUAAAGGAAAAAUAUUCUUCUUCGGUGGAAUGGAAAGCAGAAUUUUGUGUUGCCUCGUGUUUCUCCUUAAUAUAAUUUAGCUUCUGGCAGUUGGUGUCCCGUGCUUUUACCAUUAUGAUCUUACAUUUGUGAAGGUGAUGAUAAAGAGGCAACAUUUUCAGAACUAUUAAUAAACUGUGUAAAAUUACUGACAAACUAUAGCAUUAGUAUAUAACCAAAACAAAUCUUUAAAUGUUGAAUUUGAAUGUCCCCAUUGUCUUUAAAUGCUGCCUCUUUAUUUGAAGCUCAACUCCUCCGUCCCUUAACCUUGCAUUUGUUUAUUAACUUGUGUUUGAGGCUAACAUCAACUAUGCUUUAAUGAAAAUGCAACUAUCUUCUUCAUAUUGAUUAAUAUGACUGUGUUGAACCAGUGAUGAUGUUGUCUCUAGAGCGACAAACUGUAAAAGUCUGAGAAACAUCCUGUUACAUAAAUGUUCCUGUUGUACUUCCAAGUAAACAGGAGGCUCCAGGGAAAGGGAGCUUGUUCUCUAUGAGUUUCCAUUUGCACUGUAAAAAAACAAGGUUUUAUUUAUUUAAAGAGAAAGCCGUAAGUCCUACCAUUACCACACGGUUUAAAAACAAAAACACUUGUGUAGAAGGAAGAGCAAAGGUAGAAAUGAUAAAAUCAAUGGAUUCCAUUGAGCUGCUUCAGGCUCCUGGAGUUGUUCAUGCUGGAUAUUUGACCCUGUUCAGACCUGGUAUUCACAGCCGUCCUGAGUCCUGAUCCAAACCCAAACACUAAGAUCAGCACUAAGAUCAGGUCUGAACACACCUGAAUGGCGCCUGAGAUCCGAUCACUCAGACCACAUUCGGAGGUGGUGAUGUCUGUCUGUCUGUCUGUCUGUCUCUCUCUCUCUCUCUCUCUCUCCGUCAUUUGGUCUUCAUGAACACAAAUGACUUGUGAUUUGAUCUCUCAGGACGGAUGUUAAUACCAAGUCUGAACAGAGCCCCUGAGAUCCAUUAAUAGAUCAGAGCCAUUGUUGAUGGUGUUAGUAACGAACAGGCUUUUCUGUCAAAUCAAAAUGGCUAUUGUAGUCAUGAAGAUUCUUGGAUACAUUUAUCAAAAUGUCUUCAGACCUCCAGUAUACAGAUAUCUUAGAUACCCAGUGCACGUUAGGUCACAGUGUAGUUUUUUAUAAGAGCAGAAGAGGGCCUACAAAUAAGCUAUGAUUAUUCUCCAUAUAUUACUAAUUAGAUGUAGAGGUUAGAGUAGUGUGGUUCUUCAGUGCUGUCUUUUCUCACUGCGGACCUCCUGUCAAAUUAGGAACCAGGCUAAUGUCCGUCGGAUGCACACGGCGGUCAAGCUGAACGGGGUGGUGGUCAAUAAGUCGCAGGGAGCCCACCUGGUUCUGCUCAACAUGCCUGGACCACCGAGGAACAGAGGAGGAGACGAAAACU